AACAAAAAAGAAAACAACCGCCAUAAAAAGACGCUAAAAUUUUUAAUUCCAAAUAAAUUUUUCUUAAAUUUCUCGAAAAUCAAUUAAAAAACUAUAAAUUUUUAAACAAUGAGUGCUGAAUUUCAAAUAGAAGGAGCUGAAAAACUAUUUGUUUUUGAAAAACAUCGAUUGGAAAGCUUCAAAUCGUGGCCAUUUGCUGAUGAUCAAGCAUGCAGCAUUAAAAAUAUGGCUGAAGCAGGAUUCUAUUGGUGUGGCAAUGAACGAGAAAAUGACACAGCCGCUUGUUUCGUUUGUGAUAAGAUCCUCGAUGGAUGGGAAGCAACAGAUGACCCAUGGAAGGAACACGCCAAACACGCUCCCCAGUGUCAAUUUGUUAAGUUUAAGAAACCCGAACGUGAAUUUACAGUUGAAGAAUUUCUAGAUCUCUUUGGAAGCGUCAUCAAAGGUCAUCUCAACAAAAUUGGAAUCUCUUUAAAGAAACGCAUUCGCCAGAGUUAUGAAAAAAAUAUGAAUAAGUUUUUAAGCUCUUGUACUUAGUCCUAAGUAAGUUAAAUUAUAA